AUGGGGGCAGAGGGCCCAGUGGAGGUAGACCAGGAGGACCAGCCUGUGGUGACGAUGAAUCUGAGAAUUCACACUGGAGAGAGACCAUAUGAUUGUCAUGAAUGUGAAAGAACCUUCAAAGGUAAUGCGGACCUGAUUAAACAUCAGAUAAUUCAUACUGGAGAGAGACACUAUGAAUGCAGUGAAUGUAGGAAAGCCUUCAGUCGCUCAGUCCUCGUUCGGCAUCAGAGGAGUCACACUGGAGAGAGACCCUACGAAUGCAAACACUGCAGAAAAACAUCCAGUCAAAGGGGUGUUCUCACUGACCAUCAGAAGAGCCACGCUGGAUGGAGGCCCUAUGAGUGCAGCAAGUGUGGGAAGGCUUUUGGUGACCGCUCCACUCUCCCUCAGCACCAGGGGAUCCACACUGGAGAGAGACCCUAUGGCUGCACUAAAUGCAGGAAGUGUUUUACUCACAGCUCAGCUCGUAUUGGACACCAGAGAAGUCACUUUGGAAAGAGGCCCCAUGAGGGCAGUGAGAGUGGGAAGGCCUUUGGUGACCGCUCAGCUCUCACUCAGCACCAGAGAACUCAUCAGUGA